AUGGCAGCUGCGGACAUUCAAGCACCGCCUGCUCUCCCUGACUAUGUAACGGAUCCAGACGCGGUACUCAAGGAUACAAAUGUGAAAUGGCGUUAUGGACGGGCUCCAGAUUAUUCGAAGACCAGACAAGUGUUUGCCGCGACGAAGACUAUGAACCAUGAAGCUCUCUCCCUACCUCAGCUCGUCGAGAAUCUCGUGAAAAAUUGGGAAGUCGAAGCCUCUUUCAAACCAACGCUAUCCGACUGGCGAACAAUUGACCACGAGAAAUAUUCCUUCGCCAUCAAUGGGUCUGAGUCGCAGGACGCGUACUACAUGUUGAAACAAGGGACAUACAACGCGAUCAUCGCGCCGAAUGAGUACUACUCGCCCGAAUACUCGGACUUUGCUAGCAGCCACAAGACUUUCAAGAGGAUGAUGCCCACGUUUGCAUGGGAGGUUCUUGAGGUUUACAGUGGUCCGCCGACGGUGUCUUUCAGAUGGCGACAUUGGGGGUUGAUGAAGAAUGACUAUGUGGGCUUCAACAACAAGGGAGAGAAAGUUUCGGCCAAGGCCCACGGCGGCGCGAUCGAUAUUCAAGGCGUGACCGUUGCUACAGUCAACGACAGGCUCCAACUCCAGAGCGUUCGCACAUGGUUCGACCCGAUGGACAUGUUCCGACAGAUCGCACCCGACGGCGUCGUCAAAAAGGAAGCUGUAGACAAGAGCCUCUCACCGGGAGAUGCGCUGGAC